AUGCGACCUCUGGCUCGUCUAGCUCAAUACUGCCUCCUACUCUCGGCAGCAGCCUUUGCUCCAUGCCGAUCCCAGACCCCUGACUACGAUGUGGUCGUCAUAGGAGGCGGUUCCGCCGGCACGCAUGCAGCCACGCGACUCCAGCAAAUGGGAAAGUCGGUCCUGCUUAUUGAAAAAGAAGACCGUCUGGGCCGCAACGUCAACACAUACAAAGAUGCACAAACUGGAGCCACUUUUGAUUACGGCAUCGUCAGCUUGAUAAACAUCAGCGCCACCGUUGACUUUUGCAGCAGCCUGGGUGUGUCACUGAAAAAGUUCAACGGUCAAUUCGUUCCAAACGAAAAGUCCGUCGGCGCAGACUUCAAGCAGAAGACAAAGGCUCCCACUUGGCCGCUCGCGAGCGGAGACGACGUGACCGCGGCGCUCAAGGCAUAUCAACAAGUGUUGGAGAAGUACCCCUAUCUCAACAGCGGGUACCAUUUGCCAGACGAGAUCCCAGACGAGAUUCUCAUGCCGUUUGGUGACUUCUUGGAGAAGCACAACCUGGGCGCAAUUGCUCAUCUGGGAUGGCUCGUGUACGGCGGCAUGGGAAACGCACUCGCGCAACCGACAAUCUACAUGGCGCAUUAUUUUAAUCAGCUGCAGGUGCAGGCUCGACUCGAGGGUUUGCGGGUGACUGAAGCAAACAACAAUGUGCAAUCUCUUUUCGAUGCUGCCCAAAAGAAACUUGGAGACAAUGCGAUAGUCGGCGCACAAGAGACCAAGGUCAACCGGCGUGCAGAGGGCGGUGUGGAAGUGCAAGUCAGGACGGCGUCGGGCAGCAAGACGGUCAAAGCACGCAAGCUUCUCAUUGCUGCGCCGCCUACGAUGGAAAUCCUCCAGUCAUUCCUCGAUCUCAACCCCGAAGAGACCUCGUUGUUCAGCCAGUUCAACAGCAGCUACUAUUGGAACGCCGUCGUCGACAACACAGGCUUCCCGAACGACACGGGCAUCUACAACUCGGACGCGAAGGCCAAAUUUGGCAUUCCACCGCUGCCUGGCAUGUACAAUUUCGAGCCCACCGGGGUAAAGGAUCUGCAUGCUGCCUAUGGAGGGAGCCCGUCCCGUCUAUCGCAGAGCGAGAUCGAGGCCCAGAUAACGAGUUCCAUCUCUGGAGCUCAGCAAGCGCUUGGGUAUCCAGCCCUCCAGCCAAAGAUCGUCCAUUCGAACAACCACUCGCCCUCGGGAUUGACCGUGUCGGUUGAGGCGAUCAAGGGUGGCUUCUACAAGCGGCUCAACGCCCUGCAAGGUCAACAGAAUACAUUCUGGACUGGCGCUGCCUGGUGCUGUGGAAGCUCCAGCUCCAUCUGGAAUUAUACCAACUACGAGAUCCUGCCCCCGCUUAUAGCCUCGCUAGGCCAGUAG